AUGGAGUCCUCGCCGACGCCCGCGUCAGCAAUGCCGGCGCCGUCCCCCGCUUCGUCGUCGCGAUCGAGGGACAAUCGCCUCCUCGUCGGCUUCGACCUCCCGGCCUCCUGGGGGUACCGCCGGCCCAUGGCCUUCUGCAAGGACCCCGAGUCCAGCCCCCCUGCGGCGGCGGCGGCGGCGGCGGGCGACGAGGCGCUGCGCAACAGCUCCCGAUCCCCGCCGAAAGCCGCCCCCGUGGCGGCGCCGGGGGAGGCUAAGCACGCCCCUCCGGCCGACGAGGGCGCCGCGGCGGAGGAAUCUGCCCGGAAGCAGUACUACCAGCUGAGGGACCGGAGGGGCGGCCGGGACGGCGCGGAGGACGCGCAGGAGCACAGGAAGCUCUGGAACAUGGACGGCGGCGGCUCCUCCUCCGGCGGCAGGAUUAGCGCCGGGUUCUCGGUGGAGCUCACCAAGCAGGAGAUCGAGGCGGACUUCCUCGCGAUGACCGGCAAGAAGCCGCCGCGCCGGUACAAGAGGCGGCCCAAGGCCGUCCAGCGCCAAAUCAACUCCAUCUCCCCCGGCGAGUUUCUCUCGGAGGUGAACCGCGAUCGCUACAAGGUGAACGAGAAAGGGGGAUUCUGA